CCUUUUGUGCUUCGACACUUAAUCAUCAACUUUUUGUCUAUUUCAAUGCAUACAAAUGCCAUGCUUAAACAUGUGAUGGUCAGAAUUUUGAUUUUCUUUAAUACAUGAUAUCUUUUACUUUAUCCUUCUCUUACCACUUUUUGCAAAUUUCUUUAGAACUUCUGUGCAUUUCUUUUUCACAUGUCUGGUAGAUUGGUAGCCUUUUAUUCUUUUCUUCUAAUGUAGACUUAUCAGUCCGCACUUAUUGGGUACUUUAAGUUCAUUCAGUUCUUGUAUUGCAGAAUUAAAGCCCUCAAACGUGAUUUCAUAUGCUGAACAGCUGAACGGAUUACUUAUGAAUUUGGCAAGAAGAGCAAGAAAAUUCAUUCUCGACUUUGAAUUUGACACGAGUUUAAAAACUGCAUAGAGGUAAACCAGAAAAAAAAAAUUUAAGAAAAUUCUAGCAAGGGACAUGGGAUGUUCUACAUCUAAGUUAGAUGAUGAAGAGGCAGUCCAGCUCUGUAAGGAUAGGAAGAAAUUCAUCAAACAAGCUGUUGAGCAAAGGCUGAAAUUUGCUUCUGGACACAAUGCUUAUAUUCAGUCAAUGAGAAGAGUUUCUGCUGCUCUUCGAGUUUACAUUGAGGUUGAUGAGCCUCGUGAGUUUUUAUUAGACUCAUUUACAACUCCACCCCUGACUGCAAUUAAGAAAGCUGCCCCUGGUUUUAUUACCAUAUCACCGAAAUCAUUUUCAGUAACACCACUGCAGUCCGGACCUAAAUCAUCUUUCCAAGUAAAUUACCUCAGGGCAGGUGGCAAUCCUGCUGUUUCUGUUGAAGAGAGACCUCCUCAAUCUCCAGAAACAGUCAGAAUUGAGACUUACUCACCUAUGCAUCACCAAUAUGGGAUGGAUGGUUUCUUCUCAAUGCAGUCAACUCCAAUGAAUUCUUCAUUUUUCCAAUAUUCCCCUGAAAAUAGGCCUAAUAUUCCUCCUCCUUCCCCUCAAACAUCACAAUGGGAUUCCUUUUGGAACCCAUUUUCUUCAUUGGACUACUAUGGCUAUCCAACAAGGAGCAAUCUGGAUUACACCAUAUUGGAUGAUGAUGUUGCUGGGCUAAGGCAAGUCCGAGAAGAGGAAGGUAUUCCAGAACUAGAGGAGGAAACUGAACAUGAGGAAAUUGAUCAUAGAGUACGUGCGGAAAGAGAGAGACCUAAGGCAGAACAGGACUAUGAUAAAGAAGAAGUUGUCGUGGAAGAUUGUGAUGACGAUGAUGAGACAGAGAAUAGUACAGCCACAGAGCCUGAAGUUCAAGGAUCUCAACCAUUACAACCCCAUACCAAUCAAAGCAUAGAAAUCUCUAAAUCACAAAAUGCAGGUCAUGUCAGUAAGAAAGAAACAGCUGUUACUGAGGGCGAAGCAAAGGAUGAAACACCUGGAUUCACUGUUUAUGUUAAUAGAAGGCCAACAAGCAUGGCAGAAGUUAUAAAGGAUCUUGAAACUCAGUUUGCAGUUGCUUGUGACUCUGCCAAUGAAGUUUCUGCAAUUCUAGAAGCCAGAAGGGCUCAAUACACAUCAACGUCAAAUGAUCUUGCAGCCCUCAAAAUGUUGAAUCCUGUAGCUUUAAUACGGUCAGCUUCAUCUAGAUCAUCCUCAUCAAGAUUUUUGACAAACUCUUCAGCUUCUAGAGAUGCAAGUUAUGAAAGUAGCAGUGACUUCUCAGAUGACUCAAGCACAUUUUUACAUGGUCACCAAUCAACACUGGACAGGUUAUUUGCCUGGGAGAAAAAGCUCUAUCAACAAGUCAGGGAAGGUGAACGUGUUCGCAUUGCAUAUGAAAAGAAGUGCUUGCAACUUAGAAACCAAGAUGAUAAAGGAGCAGAUGCUUCUUCAAUCGGAAAGACUAGAGCAGCCAUAAGAGAUCUGCAUACUCAGAUAAAGGUUUCAAUACAUUCAGUUGAAGCUAUCUCAAAGAGAAUUGAAACCUUAAGGGAUGAAGAACUCCAGCCUCAACUUGUAGAAUUGGUACAAGGGUUGGGAAGAAUGUGGAAAGUGAUGGCAGAGUGCCAUCGAUCACAGAAGCGCACUCUUGAUGAAGCCAAGAUUUUACUAGCUAAUACACCAUCAAAACUCACAGGGACAAAGAAAUACACUGUAAUGUCACCAUCUGAGCCACACCAUCUAGCCCAUUCAGCAGCCAACCUUGAGACAGAGCUCAGGAACUGGCGAGCUUCAUUUGAAUCAUGGAUCGUUUCUCAAAGAUCUUAUAUCCAUGCUUUGACAGGCUGGCUUCUUUGCUGCGUCCGCAUGGAACCGGACAUCUCUAAAUUACCAUUCUCCCCACAACGGUCCUUAGGUGUCCCUCCAAUUUUUGGCAUUUGCAUACAGUGGUCCAGAUUCCUGGAUGAUAUCCAUGCAGUUCCGGUGCUCGAUGGACUGGACUUCUUUGCAGCAGGUGUUGGUUCCUUAUAUGCCCAACAACUGAGGGAAGACACUCGACGGACCCCAGGUGGAUCAAAAAGGUUUGGAAUGGAAUCUGUAGACAGUAUGGAGGUGGUUGAGUUUGGCCACUUAGAGGAGGAAGUGAUGACAGCUGAAAAAAUGGCUGAGGUUGCAAUUCGAGUAUUAUGUGCUGGAAUGUCAGUUGCUGUUAGCUCAUUAACAGAAUUUGCUCUUGGCUCAGCAGAAGGAUACACUGAUUUGCUAAAGCCUGGGAAUUCAUCAAACGAAGCUUUAACUAAGUAAUUUUGUCAUUAUAUUAUGAUUUAGUGAGGUUGAUCUAGUAAGGUUAGCAUUUCAACAAAUUCAAUGUACAUUACAGGUUUAACUUAUGUACAUCUAUGCAGAGAUGUGGCUAUCAUUAGUAUGGUUCUGAGCAGCACAUAUGAUUUAGAAGUGCCCUUUUCUCCUCAGGAACUGAAUGGAUAUGUUUUCUGAAUC